AUGUCUAAAUACUCAAAGAACGGUUCAAUCCCGCAGAUAAUAAAACUACCAGAGAAGCUCUAUCCGCAAUCAACCAAGUUGGUCGCGUGGAAUAUCGUCUCUUAUCAGAGCAUUCUUAAGAAGGGGUUUAUGAGGUACAUCAAAGCCGAAAAGCCUGAUAUUCUCAUUCUCUCUGAAACUAAGGCCCAGGCACCCGGUAAUCUACUCUUGCGUGCCCAAUUUCCCUAUCAGAGCUGGUCUAAUUCGCUUAAAAAAGGUUAUGCCGGUUGUGCAAUUCUCUCGAAAGUGAAACCAUUGAAUAAAUGGCUAUCACUGCCAACGCAUGAGGACACACAAUCAACCAAGGGUAGAAUCGUUACUUUAGAGUUUGAAAAUACAUUCCUUAUCGGCACUUACGUUCCGAAUUCGGCUUUGAUGGCGAGUUACCCACAGAUUCACGAUAAAUCCCAACGUCAAACAUGGGAUGAUGCACUUUUUGCAUGGAUUAAUCAGCUGGGAGAUUCUAAGUCGGUCAUAUGGUGUGGUGAUCUCAACACUACGGCCGUAUCAUAUGAUAUGCAUCCUCGCGGUGGAACGUGGGGUGUUAGUGCUGGCACAACCCUCGCUGAACGUCGUUCACUUAAACGAAUCCUCAAUGAUCAGGAUGUGAUGAAAGACAUAAGUGAUGCUGAUAUGGAUAGCAAGCGUAGAAAACAUUACGAUGCAUGGCGUCAUACCCAUGGAUGGGACGAGCAAGGGGAAUAUACCUUCUAUUCAAUGAGAAUAGGCGGCAGAGGUGCCAGUAUUGGAUGGAGACUGGAUACAUUUAUUAUCGAUGAGCGCCUCAUUGAUAAAGUAGCAGCCUGUGACAUACGGUAUGAGAUCUACGCAUCAGAUCACCUACCGGUGAUGCUCGAACUAAACGAGGAAUUAUAG